AUCAAAAUGGAUCUUUUUACACAUCUCAAAAAAGAUGAAACCACUGUUUUUAGCCAAGCUUUUAUAUUAAAGUUUAGUGAUAGUGUUGGAGUAGAUUGGAAAACUCUUGGUCGUUGGUUAAAUAUUGAAGAAAGUUAUUUAGACAUGAUUGAUAAAGAUAUUAGUAAAAGUGAUGAGAAAGCGUAUUCAGUGAUAACUAAAUGGUUGCAAAAAAGUUUCAACCCAACACUUGACGAGUUAAUAACAGCUUUAAAGGAUAUGAAAAGAAUGGAUUUAAUAAGAAAAGUAGAUGAAUUUAAAAAUUUGUCAAGAGUGUCUGCUAAACUCAAAAAAUUUUAUGUUGAAUAUUAUGGGAAAAUUAGUGAACUUCGACCAUUAUUAAAAGCACCUGCAAAUGUUGAUCUAAUGGAUAAAUUUGUUGAUCUAUGUAUUGUUGAUGCACAUAAUGCUCAAAUGGAUGUUGCUUGUAGUGUUGAACGAAAGAAAUUUCUUGAAAAGCAAACCAGUUAUACACCAAUACCAUAUAGUGAACUAUUUAAGAAAGAAAAAUCUGUAAUAUUAGUAUCUGGAAUUGCUGGUAUUGGGAAAACAUGGUUGCUUAGAAAAUGUUUGCUUGAUUGGUCAAAUGAUUUAAUUUGGAAAAAUGUUGAACUUGUUUUUUAUUUGGAAUGCAGGAGGAUUAAUCAAUAUGAAAAUAUUUCUAGUAUUUAUGAUUUACUAAGCGUUUUCUACAAAGAUAUUAUAAGUAACUUUAAUAUUAGUAUUGACGCUGCACUGUUUAUAAUUGAUGGAUUAGAUGAGUUUAAAUAUUUCAAUGAGUUAUCAAAUCCAAGAUUAAAGUUUAGCCAUCCAAUUGUUAAUGUUUUAGCAGAAACUCAAAACUAUAAACAUUUAAUUGCUGGUAGAGUUUAUGCAAUAGAUCAAUACCAAAGUAUAUAUACAGAUCAGAGUGACAAGUUAACCAUUCAAAUAAUGGGGUUUAAUGAAACUGGAAUAAUGAAUUAUGUAGAAAAUCAUGUUGCAGAAGAAAUUAAAGAAAUUGUAAAAGCAACUUUAAAGGAAUCUCCAAUUGCAAAAGCCAUGGCAUCUGUUCCUUUUUAUUUAUCUUCUAUGUGUAAAAUUAUCACUGAUUCAAAAGAAAUAAGUACAAGAUCUUUCUUAACAAUGACAGAUUUGUAUGCAAACAUUUUUUUAUACUUUUUACAAAAACACAUUGUUAAAAACAAUGAAAUGAUUUAUCAGAUAAUAGAAAAUGAUUCUAAUAAAACUAUUAUUUUAAAUAUUUGUAAAAUUGCAUAUAAAUUGUUUGUUGUAAAUAAAGUAAUUUUUUCCAAAGAAGAACUUCAAACUUUUAUUGGUGACUUUGAUAAAAAUGAAAAUUUUUAUGGAUUUAUUGAAAGGAUUGAAACAGAUCUGGGUUGUUUUUAUCAAUUUGCUCAUUUGACAAUAAUGGAGUUUUGUGCAUCUGUAUAUGCAUAUAAUUGUUUAAGUAGUGAAGAAAUUAUGACUAAUGAUAAGCUUAAUAGUUGUUUAUCAAUGAUUUGUGGAUUAUCUAAUACUAGUCAAAAUAGUUUAAUAAAGUUUCUUGUUAACCCGAAUCCUUCAAAAAAUCCUUCUAAUCCUUCCUAUGAAAAAUCUAUUCAAUCUAUUCAAUUUAUAAAGAAUCUGUUCAAGAAUUCUUCAAAAAAGUCUGAUGAAAAAUCUAUCCUUCUGCAUUCUAUUUUGGAUCGUCUAAGUAAAAGUAUUAGAAGUUGUUCUUCUGAUUUUAAUUUAUUCUACGAAUGUUUUUACGAAAGUCAAUCUUCAUUCACUGAUAAAAUAAAAUCAAUUGUUGAUGAACGAAAUGAACAAAGAAUUGGAUUGACUAUUUUUUUAGGUGGUUGGGAGAUUUCGAUUCACGAUGGAAAAACUUCUUACGCAACUUCUUGCGAUAAUUAUUUCGUAAAUUGUUACAUAAAAUCUGGAAGAAAGUUAAGAUCGUUACAUGUUCAUAAAAGUAUUUUAAAUGAUGAAGAAAAAAAUCUUUUAAUUCGAUGUGCAUCUAAUGUUCGCGGUGUCAGCUUUUUUUGCCCAAUUAAUUUUGAAGGAUGGAAACCGAAAGAUAAGAUUGAAAUGUUGCGGAUAAGCAUCUCACGUUAUUUAAUAACAAAAAAAGAUUUUGAAGUAAACUAUCUUCCUUGGAUUAAUCUUUGUGAAGAAUUAGAUCUUCAACUUCACGACGACAUUGAUUUCAUUAAAGACAUUUGUGAAUGUAUUCGUUGUUCGAACAUCAAGAAGUUUGUGAUCUUGUACCGUGAAAAUUAUUUUUACAACCUCGAUGAAUUAUUGCAACAUUUCUUUAUUAUAUUCAACCUUCGUUAUUAUACAUGAUGUUUACGAUAAAGUCAGCAGUUUUCAGGUUUAUUGAAACUUGAAGAAAUUUAAUUUUAUAUUAAAAAAAUUAAAUUAUAAUCUGCACAUCAUCACAUUUAUAAUAAUCUCAAUUAUUUUUGAAAUUUAAAGUAUUCGCCAUUUUUUUUAAGAUUUUCAAUGACAACGAAACAAAAAA